AUGAUAGUGCUACUCACCUGCCACCAGAGGAUAUUUCCAUCGCCUCUCAGCCUACGUGGGCAAUCCAUCAAAAGUAAGCACACAGUACGUUACCUAGGAGUCGAGAUGCACCGGCCGCUACGGAUCACGCCGCUAGUCGACUACGCGGUCACAGGCGAAGACUGCGCGUGCCAUGUUGCGACUGGUUUUACUAAAGAUAAGCUAUCGCUGGGAACGAAAGCCAUCUUAUACAAGACCUACAUUCAUUCACGGAUCACAUAUGCCUCCCCUGUUUGUUGUGCACUGUGUUCGGCAAUACAGCGGCGGAGAAUGCAGGUUCAGCAGAACAUCGCCCUACGUCUGUUUGCAGAUACGGAACGUUACAUUCAUAAUGACGGUAUCGCCCAAUUUUUCGGGGUCCCGUCGCUGGAGGACUUUGUUCGCCAGCUAGCACGUUCCAUGUUCAACCGAGCGGACGACGGCUAUCACUCCCACCUGAGGGAUCUAAACCCAUUCAACACAUGUCCACAUGUUGCAAUGCCCGCUCUUCCUGUAUGUAGCCUACUACGUGUACAUACAGGACAACGGUUAACCGGCCCCGCGACGACUUGA